AUGGUAAUUGGGGAAAGCUUGGUGACAAGAAUUCUUAUUGACACUGGAAGCUCGGUCAACGUGAUAUUCAAGGAUGUACUGAUUCAAAUGGAGAUUGAUCUCCGCAACACGACACAUGAAACGCAGCCUCUGACAGGAUUCGAUGGAGAUACUAUAAUGACUGUUGGAACCAUAGCACUUCCAAUUUACGUUGGCAACACGAUGCAAUGUUUCAACUUCGCAAUCGUGGAUAAACCCAUUGUUUACAACGUCAUUCUUGGAACACCAUGGCUCCAUAAGAUGCGUGUUGUAGCCUCCACUUACCACCAGUGCACCAAGUUUCCAAAUGCAUACGGAAUCGUUACGCUACGCGGAGAUCCUCUAAUGGCACGAACUGGCUUCAUUAUUGAGAAGAAGAUGCAAAACGCAAGGGCAUUUGUGAUCGCCAAAUCACAGCCUCCACGAGAUGCACGCACCCCGCCCCCAAAAGAAUUUGUCUGA